AUGGCGGCAACAGAAGGUCAUCCGGACGCCGCCUCGUAUGCCGCCUCCGGGUACGGUAACCGCAUGGGCUGGGGCGCGCGCCAUGCGCUCCUCCUCAUCGAUAUUUGCAAAGCAUACUGGACCCCUGGCUCGCCCCUCGACCUCUCCGGCAACCCCGCGGCAGUUGGGGUCCCGGCCAGUGCAGUACGUCUCGUCGCUGCGGCCAGAAAAGGUGGUGUGCCGGUACUGUGGACAGCGGUGGAGUACGGCGACCCCAACAUGGCCGACGCAGGGCUCUUCUGGCUCAAGGCAAAGACGUUGGCUGUGUGGCAGAUUGGAAGCGAGCUUCACUCACAAGGGUUGGCGGACUGGGUGAACGAGGACCUGACGCCGACUAAGGGGGAUGCGGUGGUUAAGAAGAAGUAUGCGAGUGGCUUCUUUGGAACGACGCUUGCGACGGAGUUGAGGUAUCGAAAUAUCGAUACUGUGGUUAUAUGCGGGGUUAGUACUAGCGGGUGUGUAAGGGCAACUACGUUGGAUGCUAUGCAGAAUGGGUUCCGGCCGAUGGUGGUGGGGUCCGCAUGCGGCGACCGCAGCGAGGAGAUCCAAAAGGCUAACCUGUUUGACUUGGACUCCAAGUACGCCGACGUGGUAACGGAGGCUGAAGCAAUAGAGCAUCUACAGACAGGGUGGUUAGGGGCAUAG